AAGCACCGUAAUUUUCCAAAGUUCUAAUAUUUUUCUUUGUUGACCCUACCAUGAAAAUAGUCAUCCCUCUCCUCUAGUAUAAGAAUAAAUCAAUAAGAAGAUCAAGUGGUGAGCGAACCGCCUGAAAUUACAGUUUCAAAUCUUCAGCUGAUAGUCGUUGUUGAUUGCUAAACUCCACCAUCAAAUGGCUUCUUCAUCAAAAUCUAAAACGAUUUAUGAUGUCUUCUUGAGUUUCAGAGGUACAGACCUGCGUAACAACUUCGUUAGUCAUCUCUAUCAAGCUUUACACCGGAAUGGAAUAUACACUUUCCGGGAUAGCGAGGAAUUGAAAAAGGGAGACCAAAUAUUGAUGCUUAUGAAGGCCAUCGAAGAAUCAUGCAUUGCAGUCAUCGUUUUUUCGGAUGACUACACUUCCUCAACAUGGUGCUUGAAAGAGUUGUCAAAGAUUAUGGAGUGCAAGGAGCAAAAGGGCCUUACCGUUCUACCGGUGUUUUAUAAAGUGGACCCAAAAGAAGUGAGAGGGGGCAGAGAGAGUUAUCGGAGAGCUUUGGCUAAGCACGAGUCCAAAUCUGAGAAGGAUUCAAAGAAAGUGAAGAGAUGGAAGAAAGCUCUUUUCGAUGCCGGUAACUUAUCAGGGUGGCAUUUGAAUGAUGGAGAUGAGUCGGAGCUUAUACAAAGAAUUGUGACGGAAAUCUCCACUCACCUGGACCAAAAACCUUUACAUGUUGCCAAGCAUCUUGUUGGGUUAGCUUCUCGAGUGGUUAAGCUAAAAUCGAUGUUGAACCUUCAGUCUAAUGAUGAUGUUCUCAUGGUGGGAUUAUGGGGCAAGGGAGGCAUAGGAAAGACGACUUUAUUUAAAGCCGUUUAUAAUGAUAUUUUCAGACAAUUUGGGAAUUCAUGUUUUUUGGCGAAUGUUCGAGAAGCUUCAAAAGAUUGCAAGGAUUUGGUUACUUUGCAAGAAAAAUUACUAUCCGAGAUAUUAUCACUGAAAGAAGGAUUAGUAGUGUCAAGUGUCGAUAGAGGUAUUAAUCUAGUACAAGAUAGACUUCGUCACAAAAAAGUUCUCCUUAUAUUAGAUGAUGUGGAUGACCUACGCCAGUUAUAUGCUUUAGCAGGAGAACAAAAGUGGUUUGGUAAUGGGAGUAGGAUCAUUGUUACUACAAGAAAUAAACAUUUGCUAACUAGUCACGGGAUAGAUCUAGAUCAUGUGUAUGAAGUUAAAGAACUAGAUGAUGGUGCAGCUUGUGAGCUACUUAGAAAGCAUUCUUUUUUGACACAACAAAAAUUAAAAAUCAGGACAGAUCUAAUGGAUAGUGUUCUACAUCAUGCUAAAGACCUUCCUUUAGCACUUGAGGUGUUGGGCUCUUUCUUACGUGGUAGAACAGAGCAUGCAUGGGAAAGUAUGCUAAAUAAGCUUUCUAGAAUUCCUGACAAAACCAUUAAUGAUGUGCUCAAAAUAAGUUAUGAUGGACUAGAGGAAAAUGAGAGAGAGGUUUUUCUCCACAUUGCUUGCUUCUUUAAAGGAUGGGAUAGUGAGUAUACAAAGAAAGUUCUCGAUAGUUGCGAUUUUGAGGUAGCAAUAGGAUUAGAAAUUCUCAUUGAGAUGUCCUUGAUAAGCAUUGAGCAUAACAUCCUACAAGUGCAUGAUUUGAUUCAAUUGAUGGGUACGGAUAUUGUGAACCAAGAAUGCCGCGAUGAUCCAGGGAAACGCAGUAGACUAUGGCUGUAUGAAGAUGUUCUUGGUGUUCUAUCAUGUGACAUGGGAGAUUGUGCUGUAAAAGCCAUAGUGUUGGAACAAUCUAAGCCAACAGAGAUGUGCAUCCAUCCUGAUGCUUUUACAAAAAUGAGAAGGUUGAGAUUGCUCAUCUUGCGCAAUGUGCAUGAUCCUUUCCAAGAUCCUAUAUACCUUCCUAAUGCGCUUAGAUGGUUUGAAUGGCCCGGAUGUGCUCGCCAGAUUUCAGAAUUUUCCUCGGGUCCUAAGAAAUUAGUGGGACUUCAUAUGAGCAAAUUGCCAAAUCGGCUUGAGGUGAGCAUUUAUUUAUAUAGACCUUCUUGUUUCUACUUCAUUUGUAUGUGUAUAUGCUUGUCAUAUUUACUAGUAGUCUAGUAUACAAAAAGGAGGUGGUGUUCCUCUGUUUUAGA